ACGUUAGACUAGUCGUGUCUAAGUGUUGUAAGCCGCUGGUCACUUUGCAGGAAUUCAAUAAGAUGGAGACAAUUGCUUAUCAUCCACUCUUAGAAGUGCAGCAGGAAGAUGUGAAGAAGGUUCGACAGUUUUUCGAUUUAGAUGAUAUUAAUAGAAUCAAACAGAACUUGGAGGCAGUCGAGGAGUGGUGUAAGAAGCAACCUCAUUUGGUAGAAGCAUUUCAAUACUUAGGUACAAAUAUGCUGGAACGCUUAUGGAUUUUAUCAAAGGGCUCCGUGGAAGGGACAAAAACUAAAAUAGACAAAUUCUUGACGAUGAGAGGAAUGACACCAGAAAUAAGUCUGAACAAAUCCUACGAAGAAUUCGAGAAUAUUUUGGAUUGCGUAUUGUACGUGCCAUUGCCAAAACUGUGCCCUACAGAUCAGUCUAGGGUCAUGGUAACACAAAUUAUAUCAGGAAAAUGGGAGCACUUUAGUUUUUUAUCAUACUUGAGAUAUUGUUUUAUGAUCGGUGAAUAUAGAUUGCAUUAUGACUACUGUUUAUCUGAGAGGUAUAUAAUCGAUCUUAGCAAUGUAAGCGCACAGCUACUUACAAAGCUUAAUCCAAUUAUAUUGAAGAAGGGAGAAAUUUUAUGCACGGAAGGCUAUGGAACGAAGAUCAAAGGGAUUCAUAUAUUGAAUGCUCCUUCAUUUGUAGAUAAAUUUGUUUUUUUAAUUAAACAAGGACUUAAAGAGAAAGUGGCGAAGAGACUACACGUUCAUUCCUCAUAUGAGGAAUUAUAUAAGGAGAUUCCUAAGGAAAUUCUCCCAAAAGACUACGGCGGUGAUGGACCAAGUUGCGCUAGUUUAGCCGAACAAUGGAAGAAUAUCUUCAAGACCGAAGAGUCGAAGAAAAUAAUCGAACAAUGCAAUAAACUAGUGACAGAUGAAUCAAAACGUAGUUCGGUUAAAUUCAACGAAGAGUAUUUGGGAAUGCCUGGGUCAUUUAGAAGAUUAGACGUCGAUUAGAUAAAUAUACUUGUAUCCAUUGCAUACUUUUUUAUAUGUCCUAUACACAAAUUUUGCACAGCCGGUGGAUUUAAGGCUUAUUUAUUUUACUCACUGUAUUACAUACUUAGAUCUUAAAUUAUAAAUUUAGAUAAUAAUUGAAUACAUAAGCCUGUAGAGAACGCAAGCACGUAUUAUUAAAAAUUCAUACAAAGCAAUACAAAAUAUAUAUCUACAAGAGAACUGUGGAGAGCUGUUUAUUUAAAAAAAAAACACUUAUGUCAGUGACUUAAUAAAAAACGUCCAAAAU